AGUAGGCUCAGCCAUUUUAUGCAAUAUAAAAGUGUGCGGAACAAACUUUUCUGUAAAGAUGUCUAUAUUAAAUACUACAAAACUAAUGAUCAGCCGAAAAAUUUUUGCAGGAGUAAGAAUAUCUCCUGCUCUUUUUACAGAUCAGGGAAAGUCUUUAUCAACAUCAGCUUACUUUUUAGCUGGAUCACAGUGGAGAUUGGAGCAUGGCUUAGGCAAAUGCGGUAACGAAUAUGGCCCAUUAACUUCUAUUCCAGAUUGGAGCUACGCCGAUGGAAGAGCAGCGCCUUUAUCCUACAGUAAAACUCGACGUUUAAAAGAUAAAGAAGAAUUAGCUAAAAGUAUCAAAAAACAAAUAACACAAAUGGAUUUGGCUAAAGAAUAUCAUAAACAAGAAAUAAUGGAUUUAAGUAAAAAAAGAGUUGGUAAAACGUCGCUUAUGAACCAAUAUGUGAACAAACGAUUCACUAAUCAAUAUAAAGCAACAAUUGGAGCGGAUUUUCUUACUAAAGAAGUCAUGGUUGAUGAUCGUUUAGUAACGAUGCAAAUUUGGGAUACAGCAGGCCAAGAACGUUUUCAAUCUUUAGGGGUUGCUUUCUACAGAGGUGCAGAUUGCUGUGUUUUGGUUUAUGACGUGACUCAAACGAACACUUUCAAAGCGUUGGACGAAUGGAGGGACGAAUUUUUGAUCCAGGCCUCACCUAGAGAUUCCGAAAAUUUCCCAUUCGUUGUCAUCGGGAACAAGAUCGAUUUGGAUAAUCGGUCAGUUAGUACUAAAAGAGCUCAGAAUUGGUGUCAUUCAAAGGGAGAUGUUCCAUAUUUUGAAACAAGUGCAAAGGAAGCAUUAAAUGUUGAACAAGCUUUUCAGGCCGUUGCGAAGAAUGCUUUGGCCCAAGAAAAUGAAAUGGACGUCAUGAACGAAUUCCCUGCUCCUAUUACCCUAAAUCCUACGAACCAGCCAAGCAAAGAUAAUUCCUGUUCAUGUUGA